ACGAACACGCAUCGGCGUCUCAUUGGUUCACGGACCAUCGCGUCCACACUCGGCUAUUUAAACGCCACUCCUCCUCCCUAACGGUUCUCUAAUUUUCCCAGAAACCAAUCAGCGAACUUUCCCGCUUCCGAGAAAAUCUGAGAAACUCAUUUUGCAACGGUAGGGAAAGUAGAAGCGGAACGAUAAGAUCGGCACCGCAGUGACGAAGAAGAAGAAGUAAGAACUGAGAGAGCGAUUGAGAAUGGCGAUGGAGAUUGCGACACCGCAUCCGGCACCGGCUGCACCAGCGGCGGAUAGCAACGUCGUAGCGGCGGAGAAUCAGAAGAAGAACAGGAUCCAAGUGUCCAACACCAAGAAACCUUUGUUCUUCUACGUUAAUCUCGCCAAGAGGUACAUUCAGCAGCACAACGAGGUUGAACUCUCUGCACUUGGAAUGGCUAUCACGACGGUGGUUACAAUCUCAGAGAUCUUGAAGAACAACGGACUCGCCACCGAGAAAAAAGUUCUUACAUCCACAGUGGGAAUGAAAGAUGAGAACAAAGGGCGAAUAGUUCAGAAGGCCAAGAUUGAGAUUGUGCUGGGGAAAUCCGACAAGUUUGAUUCACUGAUGACACCCCCCGGCGGAUGCGGCGGAGGCAGAUACACCGGAAGCCGCCGCGAAAGAGGGCGAUGAAUGAUUACAGAAAAAUUCCAACACUGGAAGAAUUCCCACAGCGAGGUCGAUUACAUAUGAAAGAAGAGAGAGACCCCCUCACACAACAACAAAAAGGAAAAAAAAAAGGACAAUUAUUUUUUGGAAUUUCUUUGUUUUUUUUUUUUUUGUGAUAAAUCCGAUACAGAAGAUGCGGGGCUAGUUCAUUCGGCCCGUCAUUGUAUUGUUGUUGUUUUUUUUCCUGCUAUUUUCAU